UAUCCUAAUCAGCCGUGGAUGGAGUGAGGAGGAGGAGAGAAGAGAGAAAAGAAGAAGAAGAAGAAGAAGAAGAAGAGCAAAAUCCAAACAAGGACGGUGGAGUCUGGCGUGGACCGUCGUUCCGACACGAACCGGCGACCACUGGCUGAGGGAAGAAUGCUUGAAAACAAGAGAGAGAGAUUGAAAACCUUCCUCAGGAAGAUCGACGAGAAGGCCAUCGUCAAACUCAAGCACUUCAUGAAAGAGAGCAGCUACCCAGUAGAGAGCAGUGGUGGCGGGCUGCCAGCCAAAGUGAAGAAAAGCAGGAGCAGCUUAAGCAAUGGCAGCAUCAGAAAGGUGGAGGCCAGGAAAACCUGCAGCAUGGAGGCUGCCCAGCUCGAGCAACAGCACAAAACCAUCACCAGACAAGAUGCCAUCAGGUCGCAGACAUUCGAUGAUGACAUCAGAGGCUUUGAGAGGACGGAGGGCACUGGAAUGCAAAGUAGUUUUAUAAAGCACAACAAGACAUUCCACAAGUUAUUUCCAAAAAUUCCUACGGGUGAAGACUUGAUACACGCAUACAUCUGUGCCCUGCAGAAGGAAGUGCCCUACCAUGGUCGACUGUACAUCACUGACACCCAUGCCUGUUUCUACUCCUCAGUUCUGCUAAAGGACACUAAGGUAGUUAUUCCAGUUUCCUGCAUCCACAUAGUGAAGAAGCAGAACACCGCUUUACUCGUACCCAACGCCUUGUCGAUUCGCACCACAGGAGGAGACAAGUACCUGUUUGUGUCGCUGCGUAACAGAGAAUCAUGUUAUCAGCUGCUGCGUUCAGUAUCUCCUCAGCUAGAGGAUGGCAGCACAAAUAGUAGCCCUGUCUUCUCCUCAGCUGAGAACAGCUUUGAUAAGAGCAAACUUGUGCACUCCAGCCAGUCCAGUAUGGACGACAGCUUCGACCGAUUCGAUGGCUCUGAGUCACAAUCUUCAAAGGACCAGCCUCUGCACAAAACACACAGAGAGAUGGUGCCUGAAGGGAAUGGCCUGACUUUCAGAAGCCUACACAUGCAGCAGAUUGAUAGUUCCUCUGAGGAUGAGCUAUCAGUAACGGGUUCAUGUGGAUCGUGGGUUUGGAAUGUGACCGAAAAGGCCAAGUCUCUGCUGAUUCAGAGGGAGACCAGCACCCUCAACACUCUACUCUUUAUUUACUUGAUUUUGGUGGUGCUGCUGCUGCUGUCAUCAGGUUACAUUGGUUUACGUAUUGUGGCCCUGGAGGAGCAGCUGACAUCGCUCGGGGCUCUGGCUGAGUUCACUUUACAGAGCGGGUACCAAGACACAUAACACUCAGUGACUGCAGGAGAGAUGGGUUGACUCGCGAUUGGAGGAUUAUUUCGACAUCUUCCAGCAGAACGCAGGGGGAGACAUUUAAUGUACUGAAGACUGCUCCCAAUAUGGCAUGUGCUGUUGGCUAGAGGAAAAUGGCCAACCUGUGCAAUUUCAGAGACACCUUGUUAACUUGAAGGGCUAUACUUCCUCCUUGUGCGGUAGACUAAUGGACAUGCCACGACUUUGUCACACAGCCGUGCCAAGAUGCACAGACGCGCUGCCUGGUUGCAGCGUGUCUGUCCUUAAAACCAAAGCCAAGCGGCUCUAACUUAGCAAUGUGCCACCCCUAACUGAGUUGACUGGCACUUUCUUGACAGAAACUGUUCCACAGCUGAAGUUAUGUUCUCCCUCAUCCUUCAUACAGACUCGUUUACCUGUGUGUUCAGUCUGAACAGGGCUAUACCAAUCAGCAUUAGCCUGCUGUAGCACUGAUUGUUGCACCUCAACACCAGAGGCGGAGUGCUAUGCAUAACCAAAGAUGUGCACGUCUUUUGCAUGAGUGCACAGAGAUGAUUUUAAAGAUGAUUUCCUAUCACUUAUUUACGCGUACAUUUAUCAGCUGAAUACAUCGGUCUCUGUCCUUCAGUUAUGUUGAGUACUUCUCCGAAUGGUUCUUGCUAAUUAGCUGCGGGUUGAAAUAGUGAUAGCUGACACUUUAAAUCCACUCAGCCUGCGGAGGCUCGAUUCUCUCGCUCUCCAAUCAGCAGUGAUUGCAGUAUUUCUUUCCUCGGCUUUGGCAUGAUUUAUACUAAUUUAUUGAUCAGAGGUUAUUUUUCCCCUGCAGUCUGAACUGCAGAUGAAUGCAUCAUCAGUGCGCAAAUAUUUAAUACAAUAGGACACGAGGAGGCUGUCUCAGAGGCAUCGAUAUGUUUUUGUGGACAGCUUUUCUACGUCUUUGGUCUUCAAGAGUAGUUUUUAAAUCUGUCUGCUCAGAGUUUAAAAGUACAAACCUCUCUCUCUCUCUGACAGGCCUAUUGACGACCAAAUGGCAAUCCUAGAAUGUUCAGGUUAUUUAAAGUAGCACAAAUGUAUUUCUAAUGUAUGUUCAUGCACGUGUCUGCAAUAUCGACACUUGACUGAUACUGUGUAUGCGUUCUCGCUCAUAUCGCCAGAAGAGGAGAUUUUGCUGUGUAGUCCAAGUUCUCAACAGCAAAACAAAGUGGUCCCAAGAAGAAAUUUCAAUAUGCAACACAUUUUUAUGCAUGGGAAAAUGUAAUUUAUCUCUCGUGUGCUGUUUUUUUUAAAAAUGGGGCUUGAUGUUUGUGGGGAAGAAAUUGUGUGAGAAAAAAAUGAAAAGAUUUGUGUGAAAGGAACGGCUCAAUCGAGCAAGUGCACUUUAAAAAAAAAAAAAAAAAAAAAAAAAAAAAAAAAAAUGAAAAGGUGUUGUUUCUGUCUCAGUCCAAGACGACAUGUUUGGAUUGAGAAGAAAUGUCAAAGCUGGCGUUCUGUGGUAUCUGACGGUGCUAUGACCUCUUUAACUGUUUUCACGCGGGGGUGGUGGGCACUACCUGCCACGUGGUUUUAGGUCGUCAUCUUUUUCUUUGUCAAUUUCAAAAUGCUCGUGAUGGAUUUCACAUUUCAUACGCUUUGGCUUUGGUGAUUUCUCAAAUGUACCCUUUUGAGAAAGAACAUUACUUUUCAUUGAGAUUCACUUGACUUGCUUCUUCUCCCCCCCUCCCCCUCUUAUGAGCCUUUUAAACUAACCUGACCACGCAUAUCCACGCUCCAGCUCAAUAAUUUUACAUCAGCCGUGUAGUGGAAGCGGUUCUUGGCGAGGUGUAGCGAUAAGUUUACUUUUGCUACAUCCUGUUUGAAGUGUCAUUCUUAUUUUCGCCUACGGUUUUUGUCAACAUGCCAUAUACAGUACUGUCAGUUGUUGUAAUCUCCACAAGGGGGCAGCGCACACAUCCACUGUCCUUGAUGCAAGAAUCUCAAUGAUGAGGGCUACAUUUGUGGUUUUGAACUAUUCAAAGUGUUGUAAAUAAUUUUCUAUCAAUUGUUCGUGUCUUAAUUCUAAUGGUCCUAUAAAUAUAUUUAUUUGCAUUGUGUGUAUUUCAAAGUAGUCUCUGUGAGAUGGCUUUACUAUUGUUCACAAAUAAAUCAAGUAUUGCGAAGUAAA